AUGUGCAAGACAAAAGAGCAUCAGCCAGCCUCUAGGCUACCACCACCAUGGCUGCUUCUGUACCCCCUCCCCCUCCCCGCCCUCCUUCUCCUUCUCCUCGUCGUUCCUUUUCUUCUUCCUUUCCUCAUGGACGCGUCGGCCCCGCCCCAGUACAGGCGCUUCUCCUCCAGACCUGGUCCGGCACCAUCGUCUGUCCUCGCCUCUUCCGCUGCCGCCAAUGAGCUCCCAGCAUACUCCCGCCGCAACACCCUCGCGCAACCCAUACCCGCAGGGCUGCGCCGCGAGCCCACCGAGCACGUGUUCCAGAGCGCGGAAGGCAAGAACAGGCCGUGGAUCACGCUUAGAGUGUACAGCAGCGCCAAGUCUGCGCGCUCGCUGCCUACGUUCUUUGAGAAGGAGAAUAUUAAUGGGAAGCUGGAGGUCGACGCCGUGAGGGGCGACUCGAUACAGGCUAUCACUGUCGUAGUGACUGGCCGUAUUAUUACGGGCUCGAACAUCGACGACUCCUUCGUCUUCCUCCACCACACGCAGCCGAUCUGGUCAAAAUCCCCCGACGCUCCACGCGUACCUUCUCCCUCAGAAGGCGCCUCCGCGAACAAGCUCGUCGGGCACUGCUUCUGGCCCUUGUCCAUCCCACUUCCGCGCACAGUCAACGUGCCCGCCGGGUCCGGCGAGACGCGGCCCUUCCGCCUGCCAGAGACUUUCCUGGAACGACACACCAAGGUCAGCGUGCAGUACGAUCUGACAAUCGUGCUCUCGCGGGGCAAGCUGCGGGCGGAUAACAGGAUAAAGACUGCGUUUGGAUAUGUGCCAAGUACGAGGCCGGAGCCGCCCUCGCUCCUGAGGCAGCUGGCAUACCAGCAGUUCCUGCCGCUGCCAGGGCCGUUCACGGAUCCGGAGGGAUGGAAGACGCUAAGACCGGUUUUGGUUCGAGGAAUGAUGUUCAGGACCCAGCGCGUUGAGGCCAAGUGCACACUUUCGCUCGCUAAACCACUCUGUUACGCCCGCGGGACCGUCCUGCCCUGCUUCCUUACACUCGAGUCCUCCUCCCCCCAAGCCCUUGACCUCCUCUGCACGCCCUCCGCCAUCGCACUCUCUUUGCGUCGCCGGGUGAGGUUUUACAACAAGCCAUCAUCAUCACGUCAGGACGUCGCAUGGAACGAGUCCAUGGAGGACACGGGGAGGGCCGUUUGGUGGCCGUCGACGGCGGCGGACGCACACUCGGAUUCGAAUACGCGGUAUUUGGAAGGCGAGAUUCGCUUGGAGAAGGAUCUGAGGCCGACGAGUGAGAUGGGGCAUUUUAGCAUCUCGUACGCCGUCGUCCUUUGCCCUUUCACAGCGGUCGGCUUCUCUUCAGACUCGACGGCCCUCUUGUCGGAGCCCGUCGAGAUCGCGACGAUGCACCCCAAGGGGCCACGCACGAACGCCUACUCGCCUCCUGCUUACGACUCGUCGAGAAGACACGUCGGAGAGGAGCGCGUACCCACUUUCGAUGUGGGUGCGUUCUUCUGA